AAUCCUUUGCGGGUUUUUUUUUUUUUUAAAUGUAGCAUUACAUCACGGUAUGAAACAGGAGGCCAAUUCCAAAGAGUGGUAAACAACUAAAUUAAUUUACUUCUCUUUAAUACACAUGGAAAUAAUGAAAUAUGAAAAUAUUAUAUGAGAGGUCUUGAGUGUUGUCGCCGACAGGAUUCCUAGACAUUUGCCUCGGAUCCCCGGCUUUUUAUUUUGACCAUCACUAUGGCAGCAGCAAAGAUGACCUUACGGCUACUCAAGAAGAGUGCCCCGGACAAGACCUCUGAGGUUUUGUCUGCCGAGGCGUCUCCAGACUCUAAAUGCCCCAUCUGUCUGGACCGAUUCAACAACAUGUCCUACCUCGAUCUCUGCUUGCACAAGUUCUGCUUCCGCUGCAUCCACGAGUGGUCCAAGAACAAAGCCGAGUGCCCGCUAUGCAAGCAGCCAUUCAACUCUAUCUAUCACAGUAUACAAUCAGAGAAGGACUUCAAGAAGUAUGACCUGCGGCCCACGGAGAACGGUUCCUUUGGGAGUUUCGCAGGGGAACGGUUCCGCUACCGCACCACGCUGACGGGGGCGCGUCGGCAGGACCAGAGAAGGACAUCCCCUCCCCCCGACAACGGGGUCAUGUUCGAGGCCCUAACGGGGGCUUCCCCCCCUCCUCGGCAGGACCAAGGCCUCCGUCGCAUGAUGGAGCGCCUGGCGGCCAGAAGGCGGGCAGAAAGCGAGGGCCGGACCGUGCGCAGCCUCCGUGAGCAGGAGAUGAUCAAGUUCAGACGGGCGCUCUACCGGCGAGGGGUGCGAGUGCGGAGCGUGCGGGACGGCGGCCGUUCCCGGGACAUCUCGGCUGAGUUCUUCCAGAGGAACCCGGCCUGCCUGCACCGCCUGUUGCCCUGGCUGAAGAGAGAGCUGGUGGUGCUGUACGGUGCUCACGGCUCCCUGGUCAACAUUGUGCAGCACAUCAUCAUGUCCCGCAUCACCCGCUAUGACAUGGAGGACCGGGCCAUCCAGGAGGAGCUGCAGCCCUUCCUCCAGGCCCGCACCGAUCACUUUCUGCACGAGUUUGUCAACUUCGCCCGAGCACCCUUCAACAUGGAAGCCUACGACCAGCAUGCCGUCUACGACUGCCCUGCGCCGUCCUCGGACGAGGGCAGCAGCUCCAACUCCUCAGUGAUCGCCAUCUCCGAGGAUGAGGAGGGGGGCGAUUCUGUGGAGCUGGACCCCGUGUCCGGGGUUGCCCUGAGCCAGUCAACAUGGGACGACGAGACGCCCGGACCUUCGUACUCCACAACAGAACCCACCAGGGCCCUGCUGCUAUCAAUCAGAGACUCAGACUCGGAGAGCAGUUUGGGGGAGGAGUGCGGAGCAGUGUCACAGCCAAAGGCCCCUCGCCUGACUGCAGGCUCUGCUCGGGUGAAAACCGACAAGGAUGGACCGGCGUGUACCUCCUCUGGUGAUGAGGAUUGCAUCAUCGUGGGCUUUGUAAAACCCCUAGCUGAAAGGACUCCAGAGCUGGUCAAGCUGUCCUCUGACUCAGAGGAGUCUGUUCUGGAGGAGAGCAAAGACGAAGUGCCCAGGCUGCUUCAACACAUCCGCUUCACCAGCCUUAGCCCCGCCUCCUCUCAAGGCCAAUGUCCUGGGAGGGCAGAGGGGAUGGAAAGGGAGCAAGAUGUAUCGUGCUCCAAGGAGAGACGUAACACCUCACCCUCAAUUAGACGUGAGACAUCCAGUAAGUCAACAAGCAAAAACAGCGGACAAACUGAGAAAGACGGCAGGAGAUGUCAAAGUCGCGAUAGAUCUAGAGAGAGGCCACGGUCGAGAAGCAGAGACCAGAGGAGGAGGUCCAGGAGCGCCGAUCGCAGCCGCUCGACCAAGAGCCCGGCCAUCUCCAUCAACAGCGACAGCACUCUGUCCAGAGGCAGGAGGCAGUCGCGCUCCCAAAGCCGCGACCGCUCCCACACUAAAGGAGAGAAGAAGAGGGACAAUAAAGAUGGCAGCCGAUCAGGCCACAGCCACGACUCAUCGUCGCACUCCUAUCACUGGCACUAUUACAGCCGGGAGAGUGAGAGGGACAGCAGCGCCACACUCUACACAGAGAGGAGGACCUACUACUCCAGCUCACACAGGAACAUCGAUUGCAGGUCCCCAUCCCAGAGCCAGAGUCCUGAUUCCCACCGGCGGGAUAAGAGGCGCUCCAGAAGUCGUUCCAGCACGUGUUCGCCAUCCGGUGCUCACAGGAAGUCUCGUCACGAGAAGCCCAGCGGGAAGAGAAAGUACAAAUCGAGACACCUGGAGGAACCUGACCCCAAAGACAAGUCCUCCAACGCCCUUGACGAGCCUCCCUCCUCCACCACCUCGUCCUGUGCGAAAGACAAGAAGAAGAAGAAGAGGAGCAAAGAGAAGCGUCACAGGAAGUCCAAGGAGAAGUCGGGGGGGAAAAGGAGCAGGAGCCUCAGCGUGGAGAUCAUCUAUGAGGGCAGCUCCUCAGAGCAAACCAGGAAGCACCAGAAGAAGAAGAAGAAGCACAAGAAGAAGGGCAAGAGGCACAGGAGCAAAGAGCGCACAGGGUCCGGGAAACACUCGCCCACUGUCAUCACCAUAGACAGCGACAGUGACCAACAUACUGCCGCAGGCGCUAACGAUGCUAACCACACCUGCCCGGUAAGUAGCAGCACUAGCAACUACGUGCUAUUACCUAGCACAACCACCACCACAGGCAACCCUGCAGACUCUGGCCUGCUGGAGUCCAUGUUACAAGACUGGGAACAGCAGAUUCCACCUGUGGGUCUGGACAGUGGAGUGUUGGAGGUCAAGCCUCCUGUAACUGCUGCUGCUACUACUGACACACCCACACAUAGUGAGGGGGUUCUGUCCCAAUCUGCCUCUGCGGAUGAGGUGAACUCUCGUAGCCCUUCAAAUGACAACACAAGUCAUUUUUUGGAAGAAUCAUAAUGCCGGCCCCGGUGGGUAGGAAGACAUUUAAUUUACCUUUAAAAGUUACUUUUACACAUCACUAUGUAGGAUAUUUGAUAUGUACUGUUCUGCCAAAAGGUGCUCUUUCAUUUGGGAUGUGCCACUUUGCUGUAUGAGGUAAAAAAUAAAAAAAAGGGUAAAAUA